AUGUCUGUGCUCACAGUUUCGCCUCAGGAGACCAUCUUGGACACCCUCCCCUUCCCUCCACCGCCGGAGGCUCAGGACGCCCCUUUGCGUGAUCCUCACCAGCCGCCAUCUUUCAAUCCCAGUACACCUGAGGAUAUUCUAUACCUUCCACCUCUUCUAUCUUCAUUGCCGUCGUCUUCCACGUUGGCCAGCACAGCGACGCGCUUACCCUCGAUUGACCCUGCAUCGCUCUCUCUGCACAAAGCAUUGCAUAGUUUCUGCCCCGUGACGUCCGAGUACGCUUCUGUUCCAUACGCUGAUGCGUUCAACUGGUCAAAUCUGGAGCUGGACGUGGAAUUGGAGAGGGAGUGGUACUGUGUUGUCUUCCGGAGCAAACGACGAGCAGGCAGCGAUGCGGGCCCAUUAUACGAAGCAGAUAAACAAGCUCAUGAGGAGGCCGUACAAAACGGCGGUUUAAUCAUGUAUUGGUAUGGGACACCGCAUCCCAUAACCGGCGUCAACCUCGCGACGUGCAUAUGGCAGUCACGCAAGCAUGCAGUAGCUGCUAACUCCCGUCCGCAUCAUAUACGGGCCAUGAAACUCGCAGCUCAAUCGUACGAGUUGUACGACCUGGAGCGCUACAGACUGAAGAAGAUUGCGGGGCAAAAACAUGUUAUUGUCGAGUCCUAUGUUUACGGCGAGGUCGGAUGGUGA